AUGGCGGCAGAUGGAGAGCGUUCCCCGCUGCUCUCCGAGCCCAUCGAUGGUGGCGCCGGUGGCAACGGUCUAGUGGGGCCGGGCGGGACUGGUGCCGGGCCUGGGGGAGGCCUGACCCCCUCCGCACCACCGUACGGAGCCGGUAAACAUGCCCCGCCCCAGGCGUUUCCCCCAUUCCCUGAGGGGCAUCCAGCCGUGUUGCCUGGGGAAGACCCACCGCCCUACUCACCCUUGACUAGCCCAGAUAGUGGGAGUGCCCCCAUGAUCACCUGCCGAGUCUGCCAAUCUCUCAUCAACGUGGAAGGCAAGAUGCAUCAGCAUGUAGUCAAAUGUGGUGUCUGCAAUGAAGCCACCCCAAUCAAGAACGCACCUCCAGGGAAAAAGUAUGUUCGCUGUCCAUGUAACUGUCUCCUUAUCUGCAAAGUGACUUCCCAGCGGAUUGCCUGCCCAAGGCCCUACUGCAAAAGAAUCAUCAACUUGGGGCCUGUGCAUCCAGGACCUCUGAGUCCAGACCCACAACCUGUAGGCGUCAGGGUCAUCUGUGGACAUUGCAAAAAUACUUUUCUGUGGACAGAGUUCACAGACCGAACUUUGGCACGCUGCCCUCACUGCAGAAAAGUGUCAUCUAUUGGACGCAGAUAUCCGCGAAAGAGAUGUAUCUGCUGCUUUUUGCUUGGCUUACUCUUGGCAGUCACUGCCACUGGCCUUGCUUUUGGCACAUGGAAGCAUGCACGACGAUACGGAGGCAUUUAUGCAGCCUGGGCGUUUGUCAUCCUGUUGGCUGUGCUGUGUUUGGGACGGGCCCUCUAUUGGGCCUGUAUGAAGGUCAGCCACCCUGUUCAGAACUUUUCCUGAGCCCCACCCAUGAUGACCCACAGACUGUGCCUGGCCCCUCCCUGGUGGGGGACAGUGACACUACAGGGGAGCUGGGAUAAAGGCUCCCUGGGCUUCGAUAAAGAAGCCAAGCAGCUGCCUUCCUUUUUCCUGGGGAGAAGUAGGAAGGAACCAGGCCCUUACUUAGGUUUGGAGUAGUAGAUGAGGCCACUACUGGCCAUCUGCUUUCCUCCAAGGGUUGCUGUGUUUAGGGUGAAGUAGGCAAAAUGUUGCCCCUAAACCUGGGUCCUAAAGAUGGUUCUAGCCUUGUCCUUCCUAUAUACUCCCUGAGAGCCAUUCCUGUCCCUUAAACAUUCCAGGGCAGGGUGAGGGUGGGUAGCCCUGGGGGUUCCCCUCCCUCUUGUGCACCAUUAGGACCUUGCUGCUGCUAUUGCACUUACCAGGGGCUGGCUCUGGCCUCAGUACCCUCCUUCCCCCACUUUCCCUGUCCUGUGGGGGUGGGGUCAGCCGCUGCUCUGUACAGAACCACAAGAACUGAUGUAUAUAUAACUAUUUAAUGUGGGGUGUGUUCCCCGUCCUGUAUCUCCCUUAAUUCCUCCUUCCAACCUUCCUUACUCCCCAGUUGCAGUAUUUAACUGAACUGGGUAGGGUUGCUGUUUGGGGGAGGUUAGGGACUCAUCCUGUGCUUGUAAAUAAAAAAGGUCAUGAUUCUACCCUU